AUGGGGCCAGAGGCUCAGCGGGAUCCUGAGGAGAUUCACCUGUUGAAGCCCUACCUGCCAGAAGAUGCCGUCGAGGCCACAGAGACGCCCAGUGAGGCGCUGACCCGCGUGCUCGGCGGCCUCACUUUGCGAACACACUCGGUCACGCUCAAUCAGCACAUCCCGCUGUGCUUUACCUGCCCUGAGCAGGUCAGACCAGUGCGCCUUGGUGUCUACACCACGGGACAGAGUUCCACAGUGACACCCACACUGGAAGCCAUGAGGCACAGCCACUCUCAGCGGCACGCGUGCACCCCCAUGCCAGAACGGACACUGACACAGAAGGUGACGCGGAGGGACGGAGAGGCCCGUCUCCCUCCGCGCACACGACCCCGCGUGCAUAACACGGGGCUGGGGGGCCACGUCCAACCACAGCACGGGGUUCGAGUGCUCCCCUUGGCAAACGGACAUUUUCAUCACACAGACGGGACUCUGUGCCCUCAACAGGCUGAAGGCUCCUUGUCACGGAGCAGCGACCAGACCGUUAAGGCCGGGACGGAUUCUCCCAGCGAGGAGCACGUGUGCAUUUUGCACGUCCUCUCAGGUAAGGAAGAAGGACCACAAGUCCGUGUUCACCUCUCGUGGACGAAGGAAGUCGAGUGGGCACAGAGCAGGAACAGCCGGAAGAAGAGUGCUGAGCAAACGUGGUGCCGGUGUGUUUCACCCCGAGAACUUCCUUCCAGCCACCUGUGCCCAUCUCACCAGCCUGUUGGCGCAUCACAGCAGCAGCCGCCGGUCAUCGCGGUCUGUGACAACAUGGCCUUUGCGAUGGAAGCCCUUUCUCCACGCAAAUGCUGUUCGGGCCCUCACGCUGGUUCACUGCUCAGAGGAAUCAGCCAGAAACUUUGCUGGAGGAAACGAUACCACGUAACAAGUGUCGGACUCGUGUCCUGAAGCUUGCAUGGGACAUCUUCGUCCCCACCCUCCCCCCGACGAGGACCCAGUCCCUGAUCAGUGCUGUCUCGGCGAUGGUGCUCACAGAAGCAAGUCUGCUGGUGUGGACACUGUCACCACGUCACACGACUCUGGACACAGCAUCAUGCUGAGCACAGCACGAAAUACCACAGCCCAGAUCUGGGCACAAUGACACCUCAGACCUCACCGAGAGAAAGCCACUGUCCAGGCCGGGGACACAGGCCCAUCCCACGGGCAGCCCCGCGGACAGGGGGUCACCAGCAGGCCAGCACUCACCUCUCUCCCCACCCAGCCCCGUGCCCCCACCCUUGGGCUCAGGCUCACGGACGUUUCGCUUGCAUCGUUGUUAUUUACAAGGCUUUCGGGAACGGACCACAUCCUGUGCUCUGGCCAGCCACGUGUCCCCAGACCCAGCUCCGGGCGUCCUGCACACCUGCCUAUCGGUAGAUCUCUGUCACCGAACAAUGAUGAUUCGUGACUGUGAAAAUCCUUUACUCCGAACCAAAUGAGACUCCUUCGCCUCCUCUUACAAAAUCCUUACUGUCACACGCAUGCCCCAAUUUGCAAAUUUGGGGCCUUCUCCUCAGACUCCUUCUCUCUUCCUGAAUUCCUUAUUGUAAAAAGUGACCCCUUUUGAAAUAACGAAUGUGGGUGUCUGUCCAGAUUGUCCCCUUUGGGGAAAGCGCCCUCCCCCAGUCUGGAAUGAUCCCGCCCCAUUCAUUUUGCACAAGUGUGGCCCGUAACCUCCCGUGACCCACCCUAUGAACCCCCGCACCCACUCCUGGCCACAUGUGACCCAAAUCAGGCCAAGAAGAGCCUCCUUCAGACUCUGGCCAGAACUGAGGUGAAAUGUUGCCUCCCGUCCCUGAGUGACAUUCGCCAGCCCGUGGGUGUCUUGCUGCCAUGAGGCGAAUCCCGAUUGAGAAGGAAGUUCAGCAGAGGUGAGCAGAGCCUGGGGGAGCUUGGAGGAGGCCAAGGGCAGUGCCGGGUGUGGCCCGAGCCUGUCACCCUCAGACUUCCUGGUUUUUCUGACACCGAGGUGAGAUGCGGACUGUCAAGUGGCAUAGGGUUGUGACAAACUCAGGUGCUCAAUGGUGCAGAUAAUCCACCCCUGAGAUUAUCAGAAAGCGCCGGGUCCUCCAGGAUGCCAACACCUGGGAAAUCAGCCGCUUGCACCAACAACAUCCUUUAAUAUACCCCAAAUAUCAGCAGGGUGACAAUUUCUGGGAGACGAAACAGUGUGAUGCCCUCAGGUAGGGUUUUGAUACGCUUUACCUGGAGGGUUUCACAACAGCCCCUUCUUCGAGUUAAACUUGAAGUAGUCACACAAAGGUCAUUUCAGCGAGGACGGCUCUGCCUUUUUCUGUCACCCCGUCUAAUAGGUUCUGUCGUUGACAGUCUCGUGUGCUAGGAAUUUACAACCAGGACAGUGGAGACGAACGAGCCAUCUUGGAGAGGGUGAGGGGGGCGGAGCGCAGGGGGUUCCUCUCUGUCCCUGCCAAGUGGACCGGCAUCUUGCUUCUCCAGAUUCCUAUAACUUCCCACCUUUCAUAAGGUACUCAUAUCGUCAACCUUGCGUUUUUACUGUUUGUGUAGGACAGGUGUCCGAUUGGCCCCACAGUGGCUAACAUGGCGCCAGGCACGUAAUAAACACUGGUGAGGGAGGGACAGACGCCAUACACAAAGAGUGUUGGUAUUUACGUAAAUAAAAAUGUAUUUGCAACAGAACUGAUGGUUUUACAAAGGUCAAUAUUCCUACUCCCAGUACCAACAUGCAUGGUGAAACAUCCCUGUGAUUCUAGAGAGAAAAAGCUAACCCUCCAGAAAACAGAUUAGUGCGUCCUGUUUUACUAGGUAAUGCUUGGUACCCCAGCGUAGAUACCAUUUUAGAAGCAUUACCGCUACGGCGUCACCUAG